AUGCCUUCAAUUCCACCUGUUAUGCAAAAAGUAAUUACGGAUCUCGACAAGAAACUUCAUGAGCCUGGGGCUUUAACUUCCGUAUUGGAGACGAUUGAGAAGAAGACCAGCGUUAAACGUCUGCAUGUGUUUGCAGGUUUUGUUCUCGUCUACUCGCUCUAUUUGCUUUUCGGACACUGGGCUCAAUUGGCAUGCAAUAUAACAGGAUAUCUCUACCCAGCUUAUGUCUCAAUUAAGGCUAUUGAAACCCACACAAAGGAGGAUGACACACAAUGGCUGACCUAUUGGGUCGUUUUUGCACUCCUCAACAUUAUCGAAUUCUUUUCCGACUCAAUUCUCUACUACUUCCCAUUUUACUUUCUUUUGAAGUGCAUCUUCCUCCUUUGGCUCUACAUGCCAUCGACUUUGGGAGCUAUUCUUAUCUACGACCGCCUCAUCCGACCGUUCUGUCUUCAAUAUACGGCUCAUGUCGAGGAGAAACUCAACAGUGCUCGUGAUGGGUUCAAUAAGAAUGUCAAAGAAAACUGAAUUUGUGAGGACGGCACCAUAUACACUUGACUGACUUAUUUUCGAAUCAGUUUUUUUCAAACAAUAUUUUUCAUUUUAUUCAAUUCGACUUAAAAAUAAAUUUGUUUAUAGACCCACAUUUUUGACCUCUAGCAUUUAAUUUGGGUUGAUCUUUAUUUUUUGUUAUUUUUCUGGAUUUUUGCUAUUUUUUAAAUUACCAACCCAAAUGAGGAAAAGUUUGCUUUUUUUAAUUUUUUUUUUGGAAAUCGGACCUCUCUAUAUAAGGUACACCGUAUAUUGGCUACGUCCUCUAUUUAAAUUUUGCUUCUUCAGUUCGGUUGACAGUUGUGGUGGAAGUGAAGGAGAAGGGGCUUCCUAAACGAUACAUCCCCUAUUGUACACCUCAUUAAAGUCUUUUACCUCUAAAGGGGACCUAGAAGUCAGUGGAUAUGAUUGUGAAAGUCAUAUCGCCCCUAUAAAAUAUUCGACAGAAAGCAACCUUUUCCUAUGCAAAUAUUCAUUGUCCUUUUAUAUCGGAUAUAUUAAACCACACACAUUUAAUAAAAAUCAAUUUUUCAAGUUAAUCA